AUGAAACCACGCACAUUACCUUGCUCGGUGAGCUAUGGCAAUCAUGUUCCUAUAACAACAGGUUCUCGUUCCUGGGCCUCUGGCUUUUACAAAAGAACAUUACGGGAGCGACAAAACAUACUGAUUGAGGCUUUUCCCGAAGUGUUUGGUCGAAAUUCUUUAGAGACAAUAAGCCUUGAUAUGAACAGUCAGUCAGUAUAUGUAACUCCAGAUACGUCGUCUUGUCGCUCCCCUAUUGAAGUAGAUCCUACGACGAUCGGUCUUCCAGUCGGGCUAGCAUUGAACUUUGUAAUAAACGACAAACCCAUAGUAAUUCCAAUGGCAAUAGAAGAACCUUCGGUAAUAGCCGCCGCUUCAGGAGCUGCAAAGACAAUUAAAAAGUUUACUGCAGUUGCUCCAGAGAAAAACAUGAUAACUUCUCAGAUAGCAGUAACAAAUAUUCCAGAAUCAAAAAUGGACGAUGCCAUCACUAAUAUUCAAACCCACAAAAAUUCCAUAAUUUCGCUUGCAAACACAUUCGUUCCGAAUAUGAUCAAACGCGGUGGCGGCGUUAGAAAUAUUACCACCCGACGUAUUCGUCGUAAACGUAACCCGCAUCCACGACAUGUCGAAUUAUGUCAAGAGAAUUUCACCGAAUGGCUAAUCGUUCACGUACAAAUAGAUGUAUGUGAUGCGAUGGGUGCAAAUUGCGCUAAUGCAGUUGCAGAGGGAAUAGCGACAAAAAUAGAAGAUAUAACUGGUGGGAAAGUCAGCCUGAGAAUCGUUAGCAAUUUCAGCACGGAAAGAAUUGUUAAGGCAUCUUUCCGUGUCCCAGUAGCGAGUCUAGGUUAUAAAACCCACACUGGCAGAUCCGUAGCCCUCGGUAUAGUUCAAGCAUACGAAAUGGCACAGAUAGAUCCAUAUCGUGCAACAACACACAAUAAAGGGAUCAUGAACGGCAUUGAUGCUGUUGCACUAGCCACAGGGCAAGACUGGCGAGCCAUUGAAGCGGGGGCUCAUGCUUGGGCUGCGUGUAGGAAUGAUAUCGAAAGAUACGAGCCUUUAACCAUGUACUGGAUUGAAAAGGAGGAUAGAAUGGAAGAGAAUGGUCAAAGAGAUGAUACAGGAUUGUAUCUAUGUGGAGAGAUAAACGUACCUAUAUGCGUUGGCACUGCUGGCGGUGUCCUGGCGACCAAUCCCGUGUACAAGUAUAAUUUGGGAUUGAUGGGAAACCCUAGUUCAAGUGAGCUUGCUAUGGCAAUGGCAUGUGUGGGACUAGCCCAAAAUUUUGCUGCCUUACGCGCUCUCACAACAGAAGGUAUUCAACAGGGACAUAUGAAGCUGCAUGCCAAGAAUAUCGUCAUAGCUGCCGGUUGUCCAUCAUCUGCCAUCACUACUGUUACUGAUAGGAUGGUGGAUACUGGAAGGAUUUCCUUCGCGGCUGCAAAGGAUCUUAUUGGGACCACCGCAAAGAAGGGUAUGGAAGUAAUUAAGAAUGGAGAAAAAAAUUUUGGGGAGAUUACGGCGUCUUUGGAAUGUUCGCCGUCAGUUCUCGUGACGCUUUGGAGAACGGAAAUAAAUAAUAAAGUAUGA